CCAGGACGAUCCUCCGGGUGCUGGAGAGAAACGAGGCGCUCCAGCGGGCGGAGAAGGACAGGAUCAGCUUUAGGGCCCGAGCCAAAAAUCAAGCUGUGAUGUCAAGGGCAAAGGCUCUGAAAUAACCAUCUUUUCCGAGGAGCCCCUGGGAGAGGAGAGGCUAGGCUUUGAUUGUAAACCUGCACAAACUUCAGAAAACCAAGAGGGACAUCAGAUGGCUUCAAGGAGUGACUGGCGAAUGGUUUGAAGAAAUUCAAAGAAAAAAGUUUUGCAAUGAGACAGAUGUUAGCCAGAUGUUAAAGCCGCCACUUACCUACAGGCUAAAGAAGGAGAUUACACAAAAUGAUUCUAUGAAAUUACAAACAUCAAGAUCAAAAAACCUAAUGAAUCAAAAACCAUCUGCCUCUUCUCCAAUGAGCUUCAGAUCAUCGUUUGCAUCCCUGUUCUCAUUCAGGAAAGCUGUGAAGGAGCCUUCAAAGCUUCAGUGGCUGAGACAGAAAGGAUGUGACAGUGGUAGAGGAUCUCCAGUGUUUGCGAGGGGACCAACGGACAUCCAACAGGAAAAAAUAUCCCUUUCACAUCUGAAAAAUCACCCAGUGAACAGCCUGUUUGUGCCCAAGCCAUCGACCAUGCGGGAGGAAGGCAGGCCACCCCCCUGGGGAGCCUCGAGGCUGGAGAAUGAGUUUUUCCGAGUUUUAGAUGACUUGGAUAGCAAACUGGCUCAGGAGCAAUCUAUAAGCUCGGCGAAUGCCAGCUAUGCAUCAAGCACACAGUCCGGCCAUUCUUACUCCAGCAGGAACAGACCCAGAGGUAUCACAGGAAGGCCCCAAAAUCAUUAUCAUGAAACUUCUAAUAUGUCCAUCUAUGACAUCCUGAGACCGGGAACUCCUAGAGAAGGCUUUAAAACCUUUUCCCCUAGGACAAAGACGAUUUAUGAUAUGUACAGGACAAAGGAACCCAGAGGCUUAGAAGAAGAUGGUGUGCAAAAGAACACAUUUGGGAGCACUUCUCUGUGUUUUGACAGCAGGCAACGAUUAGCCUCACCGGCCUUGGGGCAUUUCACGGCAAGAAGCUUGCAUUUUCCAACCCCGACCGAGAACAGGAAUCGAGUUGCACCUGCAAGCUACCAGCAGAGCCCCAAAAGAACUCCUUUAUCAUCUAUCAUAUGGAAUCGGUCAGAUUUUUCCAGAGACAAACAGAGGCAGGAAGAGUUCUAUAGAGCCCCCUCACCCAUGGAAAUUGACCCUGCUGGCCAGGGUAUGGAUCCCCACUGUCUUCAGAACAGGAGACACGAAUGGUUCCAUUCCCAGAAUGCUUAUCAAAACACAUGUGUGAACGAUCCCCUGGAGACUGCCAUGAGUCCUGACAUCUUUGAGAACUCAGAGAACAUGCCAUUUUACCAUCAGGACAACCCCUUCGCUAGGUCUUUCUUUAGCAAUGCCUUUAGACAAAGCAGAGAGCACAGAUUUGGACAAAGUUCUUUUUGGGGCCAACAGGAAAAUCAUUAUUCCCAUUGGCCUGACUUCCAUCAGGAUAGGAACCCAUUCAGUUCUUCCCACAGAGACUUGGAAAUGUUUCCCUUUGAAGCAAAUGUUCAAGGCACCAGUGUUCCUUCGCAACACUGGAGAGCAUUUUCUCCAGUUUACAGGAGCCAAGAAAACCCCCAUCCCUGGCAGUGUGGUUUUCAGAUGCCACCCUUGGAGAACAUGGAGCUAUCACACAUGAAUGAGAACCAACAGACUCCUUAUUUUGGCACACCAACUGUUGGCUCUCUUUCUGGUUUGAAUCGUCCCAUGGAACCUAGUGGGUUGGAAUAUCAAAUGGGCAGUUUUCCUGAACACAUGCAGAGAAAUGAAGAACCCUAUGCAUUUGGAAUGGACCAGAAUCAAGCACCUUCAUUCAGAACUUCCUUCUUCCAGAUUCCUGAUGACAAAAGGAAUUCUCAGAAUCCCAACUUUCCCAAUUCCACAGUCAUUCUACACAAUGUCAUUCCUGAUAAGCCGGACUCCCUUCCAGGAAGGUGUCACUCAACAGCUACUGGGACCAACAGCCAUGCACUUGAUUCCCUGCCUCUGGCUGAAACGCAGCCCAGGAGCUCAGUCACAGAAAUGAAUGAGAAAGGCAUGAAUAACUCUCUUUCCCAACACAAACAACUAAGCAAGUCAGACCAGACCAAUAUGACAGAGAUUCCCCCAGCUAUUUCACAGACAGCGAUCUCAAACCCUUCAACUGAUUUUCAAAAUUCCCUCUCCCAGGAUUCAGUCAAAAAUGAUAGAUCUGGUUUAAAUUUACCUAGCAUAGAAAGUUCCCAAAGGUCACCCAGAAUCUUUUCGAGGAAAAAUGCCUCCCCAAUGUGUAUGUCAGAAGGAGAUACAUCCAAUGAACUUAAAGGGAACAGGAAAGUUGACUCUGCAGCUUUCCUUCCUUUCCUUCAGAAAAGCACAACGCCACUCUCUUUCCCCAGCCCAAAUCCAAGUUGCCACAAAACACUGGCCAUAAGUAAUGAAGACAUUUCCAGCAUUAGUAAGAAUAGCCAGCAGUGCUCUGAACCUACUGAUAAUCAAAACACACAGGCUUCCCAGGAGCCUUCUAUUGUGGACACUGAAGUUGAACAAUACCCCACCCCUCAUUCCACCAACUGCAGCAAUAGGCCAUGUGAUUCGUCAGCUCUACCAUCAGGGGCGCCACCCAAUUCCUCACCAUCGAAUUAUUCUUUCUGUGACACUCCUGUGAGCUCUUCUACUACUAUGGUCUCCACAAGAAGCCCUUCAAACAAUGGUUCAUUUCUAGGAGAAAAUGAAGAAACAGACACUGCUGGCACAAAGCAGAAUAACCAGUCUGCUAUUUUAAGCCCCUCAGAAACCCCAAAGAGCAUAGCUGGUCAUGUGCCUCUCUAUGAGGAUGUGGUUGACUUUGUCAAAGGCCGUUCCCAUUCUCCUUUCAGAAAUGGAAAGGGUCGGGGACAUGUAAGACACCGUAUAUCCUGUAUUGAAAAGUUAAGCCAAACAGCGCGGUGUUCAGUACCCCCCAGUGCAGACAGCUCCCCCACAGAACACCAAAACAGUCCCAAAGCUUCGGAGCUGAACACCAUUUAUUGCACUUUGCCGAGAAAAACGGCCAGUUUUCUCAUCAAUAGCGGGCAGCCAGAAGGUAAGGUAAGGGCCACAUCCAUUAGGCAUGGCCCACUUCCAUUCCAAGUUAAAAAGACCGGGCCAGAUUCAGUGAAGAGGCACGAGUCAAACAAACGUGACUUUCCCCAGUCAAUGCGUGAAUGUUCCCAAGUGGUUUCCGACUCCAUCCCCAUGGCAUCGGAAGCCACAGAGAGGAUGGGAAAGGUGAGACCCAUCCGCUCAGCUUCCGUGAGGAAAGGACCACUCCCAUUCCUCGUGGGCCGAUCUAUGUCAUGUCCUUCAGAGAAGCCAUGUGCCCCGACUGCAAGCCAAGAAACAAACAACUCACCGGUCACAGACACAGAUGCUUCUCUUGCGACGUCCAAGACCAGAGAGAGACUCUUUUCUUCACUAGAAACAAGCUCAUCUUUUAGAGAUAAUUCUUUUACCCAAUCACCCCACCCAAAGGAACUCUCCCAAGAAAGCAGGACAGGAGAAGAAAACCCUUUACCAUUUUGUGCACACACUGCCCCCAAAGAAAAUAAGAACACAUUACAUAAAUUUAAAACUACGAGUAUGUUUUCAGUUUCUGGGAACGAAGAUAAUGUAAAAUGUCUUGAAGUGGUUUCAGUAUAUUAUACUCUACCAAGGAAAGCCAGCAAAAAGUUCUGUAAUCUCCUUCAACAGUAUGCACAAAAUAUGAAUUCGCUAACGGAAUCUCUGCAAGUGGAGACAGAGGCAUCUCCUAGUGCUUUAGGAGAGAAGCUAAAGGAUUCUACACAAGAGCAAUCAAGUUCACCUUCCCUAUAUCUAAAGAUGCCACUCAGCUCUACCGUUGAAAAUGUGGCUGACAUCAAACUGCCAGAUUGGGGACCCUCUGAACCUAUGCUAGAAGAAAUGGCUCCUGUUUCUCUUCAUAAAGAAGAAUCCAAGUCCAAAGAGAUCUUGCAAGGUGACUUAGCUAAAACACCUUCAGGUGAUUGUUUACAAAGCAGGAAAAAAAGAGGGAGAACAUUACAAAGUGAACCCUUCUGCAUCUCUUUAAUACAACAGGAGGAAAAUACCACAGCAGAAAACCCAGAAAAUGGCCAAGAAUCCAUUCAAGCAGAAAAUGGUGGACCCUUUAGUAGUCUACCAGCCCAUUCGGAAGAUAAUGGUGAAAGUUCCCAAACCAGAAGUUCUGGGGAGUCUGAGGGUAGUGGUGUAGCCAGUGCAAGGUGGAGUCCGGAAAGUCACCCAGCCCCAGCUGCAGAGGACAGCUCCAGUGAGCCACAUGCUGGGGAACUCGGAGGGGACAUUGGAACAGAUCAUCCAAAAAUGACUGAGAACAUUCCUGCUGACGCAGAAAGCCAAGCCUUGGCUCUAACUUCAGCAUCACAGACAUUACGGCGUGAGGAGACUGACUCGGGUAAACCAGAUUCUGGGAAGUCUGAACCCAGAGAAUUACCCCAAGGAAACCAGGAGCUCCAUCUAACAGAGAUCAGAAAGGCUGGAGGUGAAAGGCACAAGUUGGCAUGUCAAACAUCACUCACUGAGGGGGAUCGUGCAAAUGACACCAAUUGGGAUGUCCCAGAAGGAGGAGAAGACAGAUGUAUCAAGCAUAGAUUGGCAGCCAUGUCUAAAGCAAGCCGAAAAUUCCCAAGUAACCAUUUCAACUCCAAAAGACAUGUAGCCACUAUCUUCCCCCAAAGUGGAAAUGAAUCAGGCUUUGGUCUUUUAUCUCUUGGUAGGCUGGAAGGCAUUGUGCCAUCUGCUAGGCCUGCGGUAAAGUCCACAGAAUCUGUGGAUGAAAACAUUUUGAGUGACGAGGGAAUGAACAUGGAGGAAGCUGAGAGCCCGCUCCAGGUUACUAGCAUAGCUAGCAGAGAAACUUCUAGUCACUCCUGCCAUCAAAAGUCUAAUGACAUUUCACCACGACCCCAGCAUGAGCUUCAGAAUGUCUCUGAAUCCCUGCCAAAGCAUGAGAAUUCUAAAGAUGUCACAGUAGCCCAGCUUUUAGAAGAAGAGUCGGGGUCCACAGCCAAAUUCACACCCACCGGCCUCAGAGAAGCUGACUUCUCUGAUUAUCAGAGGAGGCUCAGCCCCCCUUUCUCUCUGGAAACUGUGCAGAAAUCUUUGAUGAACCUUUCCCUGGCUACUUAUCAGCAGCAACAUAGGAGGCUAGUGUCCUCCGAAUGGGAACCUGAACCACACCUCUAUCGUUCUAAGAGUUUAAAAAGCAUCCAUGUGCAGGGUGACCUAGACACAAGUCAGCCUCCCAAAGUCAGGGGGCGCCAUUUUUCUGAAAGCAACUCUAUUGACAAUGUCCUGAGUCCACUGACCUUAGGGAAUGACUUUGCUAACUACAGUGGGUACAAUCGGAGGUUCAAAUCUUUUUCUGAACUUCCUUCCUGUGAUGAGAAUGAAAAUUGGGCUUUGUGUAGCAACCACAGGGCAAAAACAGGCCUCAAGUCCGCCUCAUCUAUCUCUAGACCCAUUGAUUAUGGGAUUUUUGGAAAAGAACAACAGUUGGCUUUCUUGGAGAAUGUAAAGAGGUCUCUCACCCAAGGAAGAUUAUGGAAACCAAGUUUCCUUAAGAACCCCGGGUUCCUGAAAGAUAGUGUAUGCAAUCUUUCCAACUCAUCCCAGAAAGAGACCUCGAGCUCCAGCUCGCCAGAAGAUGGAUCGUGUCCCAUUGAGCCACUCAAUAUCUAUGAAGAAGACCCCGUGGAGUCAGAUUGGGACACAGACACAACCACAGAUGACGAGUACUACCUAGAUGAAAAGGACAAAGAGUCAGAACUGUGAGGUGUUAAAAAAAAUAAUCACUGCAGAAUGCAUUGCAGUUUUUUUUUUCCCCAUUUCAACCAAUAGUAUUUUAUAGGAUCAGAGACACAUAGGCAUCAUGCCUUUGUGUUCCUCUCAAGAAUAUCCUCCUUUGGUCUCACUGUGUGCAAGUGCCCUGUAUAAUUAAUCAUGUCUUGGUGUACUUUAGACCUAGCUUUCCCAUAAAAAAGAAAACAAUGCAUUGCUUGUUUGUACAAAAGCUCCUUAAAUCUGUCUACUCUUUUAAACUUCAAACCCUCACCCAUUUGAGCUCAAAGAAACAGGUCCUAGAACUUUAAAUCAACUCUGCUGAGCCAGUUUAAAUGUGCAGAGUAGGGCUAGGAUGUAGCUCAGUGGCAAAGCACUUGCUAGCAAGUGCAAUGUCCUGGGAUUGAUCACCAGUAC